AUGGCUCAACGGUGUCACUCUUACCUCUCAAUUUCAAAGAGGCUUCAUGCUUUUGCAAUUCUAAAACCCUCUCACCCGUUUGCAUCUUUCUCUCAGGCAUUUUAUCAAACACUUUCACUACCUUCUCAUUCAAAGAGUCAAUUUCCACCUCUGAACUUCAAUUUUGAUUUGGAUGAUCCAUCUCUACUGCAAUUCCUCCAAUUUCUCCAAAAGGAUGAUAAACAUUGCCUUUCAUCAUUAGAACCAAGUAGAGAUUUGAUAUGUUCUGCAAUUUGGGUUUUAAGGGAAGAUUGGAAACACGCAUUGCGUGCUUUCGAAUUGAAUAGCGAUUGUAAUGAUGAGAAAGCUUGCAACUUGAUGAUUUGGGUUUUGGGAACUCAUGGAAAGUUUUCUACUGCUUGGUCCAUUGUUCGAGAUAUGCAUAGCUCGUCUCUCUCCACGCAUCAGGCUAUGCUUAUUAUCAUUGAUAGAUAUGCAUCUGCAAAUAACUCUGCUAAGGCUAUUGAAACAUUCAACUUUAUGAACAAGUUCAGAUUGACUCCUGAUCAGAAAGCAUUCCAUGCACUUUUGACUGCUCUUUGUAAAUAUGGUAACGUUGAAGAGGCUGAAGAGUUUAUGUUAGUGAACAAGAAUCUCUUCCCGCUUGAAAUUGAGAGCUUCAACAUUAUUCUUAAUGGAUGGUGUAACAUAACAACUGAUGUAUAUGAAGCAAAAAGAGUUUGGAGAGACAUGUUAAAAUACUGUAUAACACCAGAUGCUACUUCAUAUAGCCACAUGAUUUCCUGCUUUUCAAAGGAAGGGAAUCUUUUUGACUCUCUUAGACUCUAUGAUCAGAUGAAGAAAAGGGAAUGGAUCCCGGGGAUAGAGAUCUACAAUUCUUUAGUGUAUGUUUUAACUCGUGAAAAUUGUCCAAAGGAAGCUCUCAAGACUAUAGAUAAGUUGAAGGAACAAGGUUUGCAGCCUGAUUCUGCCACAUUUAACUCCAUGAUAGUGCCUCUUUGUGAAGCUGGAAAACUAGCAAUGGCAAGAAUAGUGUUGAACACAAUGAUAGAGGAGAAUAUUAGUCCAACUGUUGAGACCUACCACGCAUUUUUUGAAGCAACAGAUUAUCAUGGAACUUUAGAAUUUCUGAGUAAGAUGAAAGGUUCUGGAUUGAGUCCAAAUAAGGAUUCAUUUCUUAUAAUUCUGGUAAAACUCUUUAAGUUGAAGCAGCCUGUAAAUGCAUUGAAAAUUUGGGCCGAAAUGAAGAAAUAUAAAGUGGUGCCCACUUGUAUUCAUUAUAGAAAAAUGGUUGAAGGGCUUGUAACAUGCAGGUGGUUCAUAAAGGCCAGGGAUUUUUAUGAGGAGAUGAUCUCAAAUGGAUGUUCAGAAGAUCCAGAGCUUCACAAAAUCAUUCAGAAAGAAGUACUCGGUAGCGGUGAUAAAAGAAAACAGAACGUUAAAAAGGCUAAUAGUGAUAAAGUGUGA